AUGGAUUAGAAAAGUUCUAAUUUUUUUCUUUUUCAAAAUUCGAGAUUUCAAGUUUACAAGGACGUACUUUUCUUAAAGGGACAGUACGCGUAAUUUCAUGUCACCCUCCAGCUAUAAACAUAUGUGUAACAGGAGAUAAAUGAUUAAAGGAAGUUUUAGAGGUAACAUUUUGAAUAGGAGCAGCCAAGGUACAAGUGGAACUACGUCUACAUUCCCUUUAAAAUGUCUAGGGAAAGGGUUUUCCCUGUACCGUGGGGGAAAAUUGCAGCACAAGAGUGGGGAAAUAAUCAGGCUAAUCAGCAUUGGUUACUGGUUCAUGGUUGGUUGGACAAUUCUAAUUCAUGGAUUCAUCUUGCACCUCUCCUAGCAGACAGAGGAGAUCAUGUGAUCGCAAUUGACCUACCUGGUUGUGGAAUGAGUUCCUGGCUACCUAAAGGAAUGAUGUAUCAUGAUUUGGAGAUUCUUGGGGCGAUUCAUAGAGUUGUUCUUCAGCUGAAUUGGAAAAGGUUUGGGUUGAUCGGACACUCGCUAGGCGGAGGGUUGGUGUUGACCUACGCCGCAACAUUCCCUGAAAGUGUAUCUCAUCUUGUCAUGCUAGAUAUCACAUUUGUACCAAUCAGACCUUUGACCCCGUACAGUUUUCAGCCUAGGGUUCGGAAGUCUAUUGAGUCAUUUCUAUUCAUAGAAAACAAAUUGGAGUCAGGGUAUGAUAAAGUGUUUAAGAGUAAAGAAGAAGCCAGAGAUCGUUUGAUGAAACCGCCAGUCUAUCUCAAGGAACAUGGAGUAACGGAGACCUAUACGGUGGAAUCCGCGGAUAUUUUGUUAGAACGAGGAUUGGAAAAGGUGGAUGUUGGAUACAGGUUGAGAAGAGAUAUUAGAUGGGUAGUACCAUCCCUCUAUUUUCUAGAUUUUAACGAUCAGCGAGAGCAGGGAAAGAAUAUACGUUGUCCACACUUAAUUAUCGAAGCCUCGAAGGGCCCCAAGUCUGAGUUUGCUCACUCGAUGUAUCCAAUCUUUAGAACAAAUCCUGAGUUUGUGAGCCACCAUCUGGAGGGUUUACAUCAUAUUCACAUGAACCAGCAUAAUAAAGUAAACGAGAUAAUUCUCGAGUUCUUAAAUUCUGCUCAUCAACAGAGAAAGGCAAAAAUGUAGUUUCCAUGAAUUAAAAAUAACAUUGAUUGUAAACAUGAACAAGAUAUAAGACAUAAAUAAUUGAAAUGUUUAAAAUAAAUAACAUUGCAAUAAGUAAUUAUUCAUUUUAUUCUGUAAAUCUAUAGCACAUCUAAAUUAUAAAAGAUAUUUUCAUUAAUUUACAUUUAAUGCUGAAAUGUUGGAAUAGUGCAGAAAUUAUAAACCAAAAUGUUAAACAAAAUAACGUAACGAUAUUUUCGCGCGGAUGAAUAUUUUAAUCGUUGAAUUUGGUUGAUAUUUACAAUAUAUUGUAACAGUGGGCGAGUUUUGUUGAUCUUUUACGAUCAGCAAUUCAAGGAUUUUUUGGAUCG